CACAUUCUCAUAGUCCUCUUCCAUUGCACUCACAAAUUAAUUUUGAUCUUGAAGUCAAAAUUUACUACGAAGUCAAAAUUAACUUCAAAGAGUUGAGAUGGAUGAGUGACGGACUGAGUUCAACUGCGAGUCAUAUCAUUCUGUUGGGUAAUACUCCUCCCGUUCCGUAUAGGAGAGAGGAGAAUAGAGGAGGUAUGAAUGAGGACGACGAAGCGAAGAAGACAAACAGUGUUCUUCAAUUCCUGCCAUUUCAAAGCCUUGUAGAUGCGGGUUUCUGGCACAGAUUCUCCUCGCUCAAGCUCAACCACUUGGGCCUCGACGAUUCCCCCAUUCCAAUCACAGGUUUCUAUGCACCCUGCUCACACCAUCAAGUUGCUAAUCACUUGACACUUCUUGCUGAAUCGUUGCCUCCCGAGCGUGGAGAAAACUUGUCGCAUCAGAGAAGUCAGGGGAAUAGAAAUCGUUGCCCUGUACCUGGCACCCUUUACAACACGAACACAUUGGAGGCCUUCCGUGCUCUUGACAAGCAAAGCCUAAUAAAGACAGAAGCGAAAAAGAUAUGGGAUGACAUUCACUCGGGCAAAGUAGAGGAAGAUAGUGCGCUACUUUUGAGAUUCAUUAUUAUAUCAUUUGCAGACUUGAAGAAGUGGAGCUUCCACUACUGGCUUGCUUACCCAGCUCUUGUUCUUGAUCCUCCUGCAACAUUAGUUUCUUUGAAGCCAGCUUCACAGUGCUUCAACCACAAAGAGGCUGAAUACUUGUCAGCUGCGUGCAAUGUUUGGCGUAAGUCAGGCUCCAUAUCAGAUGUUCCAUUUUUUCUGGUGUCCAUUGCAUCUGAUUCUAAUAUCACUAUAAGGCAUCUGAGGGAUUGGGAAGCUUGUAGAAAUGAGGGUCAUGAGGUUAUUUUUGGUUUUUAUGACCCUUGUAACCUUCCAAGUAAUCCCGGCUGGCCACUACGAAAUUAUCUUGCUUAUAUUUCUGCAAGAUGGGGACUUGAAAAGGCUAAAUUUUUCUGCUACAGAGAGAGCCGUGGCUUUGCAGAUCUAGGAUUGUCCCUUGUUGGAGAAGCACUGAUAUCUGUUUCCCAAGGAUGGAGGGAUCAUCAAAUUAUUCCUAAAGUUGUGGGAUGGGAGACCAACAAAGGGAAGAUGGCUUCUAGAUGUAUUACCCUUGCCGAAACUAUGGAUCCAACAAGGCUGGCAAUUUCUGCUGCAGAUUUGAACUUAAAGCUGAUGAGAUGGCGUGCAUUGCCUUCGCUAAAUGUUAACCUAUUGUCUGCUACUAAGUGUCUUCUACUGGGAGCAGGCACACUUGGAUGCCAAGUUGCUAGAAUGCUUAUGGCAUGGGGUGUCCGAAAAAUUACAAUGCUUGACAGUGGAAAGGUCUCAAUGUCAAAUCCUUUGAGGCAAUCUCUUUACAUACUGGAUGACUGCUUGAGUGGGGGUAAAUUUAAGGCAGAAGCAGCUGCUGAAAGUUUAAAACGAAUAUUUCCAGCUGUGGAAGCAGAUGGUGUUGUGAUGGCUAUUCCAAUGCCGGGUCACCCAGUGCCAAAACAAGAAGAGCUUAAUGUACUUGAGGACUGCAAACUCUUGCAGGGCUUGAUUUCCUCUCAUGAUGUAAUCUUUUUACUGACUGAUACUCGAGAAAGUCGGUGGCUUCCCAGUCUGCUUUGUGCCACUGCCAACAAGGUCACUAUCACUGCAGCUCUAGGUUUUGAUAGCUUCCUUGUGAUGCGCCAUGGAGCCGGUCCCACGAGCACUUUACCAGAUGAAACUCUUCGCAGUUGCUCAGCUAAUACGAAGAAGCUCUCAGUCACCGAAACAAAUGGCAAGGAGAGAUUGGGGUGUUACUUCUGCAAUGAUGUAGUUGCUCCCAUCGAUUCAACUGCCAAUCGUACUUUGGACCAACAGUGCACGGUUACUCGUCCUGGGCUUGCUCCUAUUGCAUCCUCCCUUGCUGUUGAACUGUUGGUGGGCAUACUGCAUCAUCCUUCUGGGAUAUAUGCCGAAGCAGAAUUCGCAAAUUCUACUGAUAACGGGAGCAACGAGCAGCCUCUAGGCAUACUACCACAUCAGAUCCGUAGCUCUUUGUCUCAAUUCUCUCAAAUGUCUCUUGUGGGUCAUGCUUCUCCCAGUUGCACAGCUUGCUCUUCUAAGGUUGUGUCUGAAUACGAGAAGCGGGGGAUGGAUUUUGUGCUGGAAGCGAUCAACCACCCCACAUAUCUCGAGGAUCUAACUGGAUUGACUGAGCUGAUCAACUCUGCUGGAUCUUUGGAAUUCGACUGGGAAAAUGAUGAAACUGAAGAAGAAGAUGAUGAUUGUGUUGAUAUAUGAUGUUUUUCUGUUAUAUAAAACCUUAUUUGUUAUCUACAAUUUCGAGAGCUUCUCCAUUGGAGAUGUCAUUUUUUUUAUGCAGAAUAUAUUUUAUCAGUUUUAGGAAAUGAAAUAUAAUUCCCUAGUUCAUGUUAGACGGUUGGUGAGUUUAUUGCACCAUAUAUAGAUUGGUAAAUACGCAUUGUUAUUCUCUUUACUUUUGAAAUUUACCUCAUUCUCCUUGUAUCUUAUCUAAUAUUUCUACACCACUCUCUCAUUAAACUAAAAUAUUAGUCAAAUU